UUGCGCGCUUUGUCAGAGCUGAUGUCACGAUGUGAUGUCUGCCGCAGCAUCUCUGGGCUUUGUGAGAAAACGACGCAGUUAUGUCUGGGCGGACAGAGUAAUGAAGGAACUGCUUUCAUAGAAUCAUAUGAACCAGUGGAUUUGAGAGGCCAGGUGGUGGAGAGCCAUGCAGAGUCCUACACAGACAAACUGUGGGAAAACCCCUGUGAGCACAGCACCCACAGAGCAACCAGUGGACACUGGGACUGAUGCUCAGCCAGCACAGCCACACGAGAAGACUAAAUGUGAUGCUCCAGUUGAGACAGAAAGAGUAACCAUCACACCGCAGGAACAUGAGGCGGCGGUGCAAACAGCAGAAACGCCUGCAAAUGUCUCUGUCACACAAGCAGUGGAGAACAACACUGCUGUGCAGUCACCAAGUGGGCCCUCAGAAAACUGUGGAGGGCUGGAAGAGAUGGACUUGGCUUUAAAGGCAAGUGCACCAGCAGUGUCUGAUACGAAGAUAAAUCCUAUGUGUGAUGUGCAAAAGGCAGUGAAACAGGAUAAAGGUCAACUUGAUGGUAGGAAAUAUGUUCCUUCCAAGAAGGCCAUGAUCGACCCUCUGAAAAUGGACAUGUCAAAACCACUGGUCAUGCCUCCCACCUCACCUCAGCUCUCACUACAGUGCAUCGAGUGCCACAUAAUCUUCAGGGACCCCAAGAGCAAAGAGCGCCAUCUGAAGUUGAGCCAUCCAGCAGAAUACGAACAGUGCAUUUUGAGGAAUGCCCUGUUUGCCUGUUACAUUUGUGACCACCACUUUACCAACUCCACAGAGCUAAUGGCCCACCAGAAAGCCCACACAGAGAAGACACCCUACAAGUGUCCAAUCUGUAACAUGGCCUUCAAAAGGUCAUCAGAGCUCAACCUUCAUAAAAAAACCCAUUUUAGCCAGGAAGGUUAUGCUUGCACUGAGUGUGGCAAGACUUGUAAAACGAUGACAUUGCUAAAGUAUCACCAACGCAUACACACUGGAGACAGGCCGUAUAUUUGCAAGGAAUGUGGGAAAAGGUUUCCCAUGUCUAAAUCUCUGCAGAAACACAUCAUGUCACACUCGGCGGGAGGAGAUAAAGGAAAUGCGGGAGACGCCACAGCUAAAGCAAAGAAAACUGUUGAUGGUGUUUCUACAGUGAAGUAUAUUUGUUCCAUAUGCAAACGUGCUUUCAAGAGUACAAAGACUUGGGCAAAACAUAUGAAAACUAAGCACAAUAACUUGCCUUCUGCAGCCAAUAAUGCCAUGCCAGCUGGUCAGCAAGAGAAACAAAAUACACCCAUCAUAACUCCAAUAUCUUUUUACCAGCCAGGAUUACUACAGUUGGAGCCAAAUGGACCUCUGCAAAAAGUUGAUUCCAAUAUUGACACAGAUCAGAUUUGCAGACUAAUUGAAUCUUUAGGAAAUGUACAGAAAGUGAACCAAGUUGUCAUAUUGGGGCAGGUGCCUCUUCAUGCCCAACCGCUGGAAUUGAAGCAGAUACCACAUCUGACAGAACCAAUAAAUGUGAGUCCACCACAGAUAGAUAUUAUGGGUCUGAAACCGUCUGAAUCUAAGAUGAUUGAAUUUGACCCUUUAAACAACCAAUGUGAUCCAAUGGAACAAACAAUUAUACUGGAACCUAUUACACCAGAUGGACAAUUGGAAAAUCCCUCUUUUUCAGAAUUAAGUUCCCAGAUAGCCACUGGUGAAAACAUAGAGCUAACACUUGUUCAGGCUGAACAAACAGAAGGACUUGAUAGACAUGUGAUGCAUCAGAUCAUUCAGCCUGACAUUAGUGCAAUUCAGUCUGACCCUAUGGGCCAAACGGUCUGUAACAAUGAGCAAGUUGACCUCGAACAAAACCUUGAGCAAACAGUUAUAUUAGAACUUACCCCUGCUUUGAUACCAACUUCGGAGCUGGAACAAUCCCAAAUUAUGCCCAACAAUGAAAUCCAGCCCUCCUCUCUACUACCAACUACUGAACUGGAAAAGACUCCAGAUCAGACUGGAAUAGAUGAGCAGAAGACAAACCUGUCAGUCCCACCACUUAUGCCAACAGUUGAGCUGGAGCUGCCAACCUUACCAACAGAACAAACAGAUCUUCCCAGCCCUUUAGUGCCACUAGACACACCUACACAAGCUCCAAGUAAAUCUGAUACAAAUCCUAAAAAAGAUGUUGAUUCACAAAUACAGACUGUCGGUCUCGAACAAAUCCACAGUGUGAUGGAUGGAGUUGCAGCAGAAGAGACACAAAAAAAGGCAGAACAAGAGGUGUCUCCACAAGAACCAUCUGAGAAAUUGCUAGAAGAUCACAAGGAGCGUCGGAACCAGUUGCCUGUAGUUGAAGACACAUCUGCUAAAGAAGAAGUUUUAGAGACCAAACAGGUGCAACAGACCUCAGAGUUACCAGUGAAUGUAAUGUCAGCUCAAGAACUAGUUAAAGUGCGAAAAAGAAAACCCGCAAGUGCUUUUCACUUUCAAGGAUAUUUACAAGAACAGGUCAGAUCUGCAUACAAUGACAAUUUUCAAAUUGAUGCAAAACCUGUGAAACGCCAAAAAACAAAAAAGUCUCUUCUCAUUGUAAAAUUUGGUCCACAAAACAAAGAAAAAAAAAAUAAGAAACAGAAGAAACCAUCAAAGCAGCAUAAGCCAACACAAGAACAGAUCACAUCAAAUCUCUCAGAGAAGAAAGCAACAUCACAGAAGAAAGGAAGUAAGGGGGAAAAGGACAGAAAAUUGGGACAUUUAACGUCCACAGUUGAAAUCAAAUCAUCAUCACCAACACAAGACCCACAGAUGAAACAAUUUAAAGAGCAUGUAAGGAAAACUAAAAUGAAAAAGCAAAAAGAAGAAGCCAGGGAGGGCUUGCUGCAAAUAAAUGAACACAAAACUGUUGCUUCACCAGUGUUUAAAAGAAAGAAACAAGGGAAAAGGAUGCAAAAAGAUCAGCCUAAGAAUAUAAAGGAUUGUAAGAGAAAGAAAAACCUGACAAAGGAAAAAGUAAAAACAAAAGCAGGUACAGUGUCACAAGAUCCACCUAUAACCACUAACCCUCAAGACUCUCUACUUUUACUCAAAGGUCAUAAACAGCCCCAGUUGAAAGUUUACAAGUUAGACCCUUCAAAAGCAUCAAGUCAGACACCAGAGGCUUCACCUCACGAGUCCCAAACAAUGCCCCAACAGAAUAAAGACAACACAUUCCCAACAAGUGAUUCUACAAAUGAUCAAAAUGCAGAGUGUACAAAGAAAGGAGGAAGACCAAAAAAGAACCAGAAAGCUCUUUCGUUGCUGUCUUCACUACAGGUUUCCUGUCAACCACUGGAGAUGCAACCCACCAAGCCGAAGACCACAAGGAAACGCAAAGCCUCUUCAAAAAUAGAGACUGAAGGAGUGAUAACUUCCAAACGUGCUUUAGAGUGUAAGGACUGUGGGGAGAGAUUUAGUGAACUCUCAUCCCUUCAGAAGCACAAGGCAACAGUCCAUAUCAUUGAGAGUCCUGGUCUCACUUAUACCAAUGGAAACAUCUUUGAAGGGGUCGCCAGCCUGGAUUUUUAUCAGCUUCCAAAACAGCCUGAUAAGCUUGAUGGGGUGAAUGCUGCUGCAGACUGGGAUACUGAGCCUGAGUUGGUUGAUGUGGCUUUAGAGGACCGAGAGCGAAUCGUCUCUUUUCCAGCUUUGAUUCCAUCCCCGUCUUUACCUGUCCCUCUUCCAGAUGUUGAGGUUAGUUCUUAUGAAAAUAAGUCUGGUAGUAAGACAGAAGUAGAUGAUCAGUCUUUAGAAGUCAAAUCACCAUCUAAUCAAUUAUUAAAUAGUGAGAUGUCUCCAAAUUUAACAUCUGAAUCCUCUUUAAGUAACUCAGCUAAGCAAAACAUGUUGGAGACAGCAGAGCCUUUGGCAUCAGUUGAAGCCAAGCAAGAUAAAGUUACCCAGAAGCAUCCCAGCUCAGAAUCUGAAGUUCAGGCGAACACGGAUGAAGACAUUAAAGAUAAUUUACUUCUUGAGGUAGAUUUAGUAACUGUUGGGGAGCAGAAUGAAAGAGAUGAUCCAAUUUCACCUCAAGAAAGUUUUACUCAAAACAGUUUAAAGGGAACUUGUUUUUCUGAGGGUGGAAGCGCUGAAACAAUUUCAGCACCUGGGAAAGCUGUUGAAAAAACUAUGGAAAAAACGUUAACCUCUGUGUCAUGCUCCACUCAUCAAGAAAAGAUAAAGGAAGAAGAGGAAGAAAUGUUACUCCAGAAGACUAAAGGUUGGAAAGGAACUGUAACAAAGAAGGCUCCAGGGGGGAGGACAGGAGAAAAAGGACAUCUAAAAAGAAGAGUGACAUCUAAGGUAGUUUUACAUGGCGAUAGUGUUAGAGGAACAGAAUUGGAGAAAGAACAAGAUGAAUGUCAGGUAGUUUAUGAAAAACAUCCCAUGAACUCUGAUACUGAAAUUCAUGAAGAAGUUGAGACUGGCAUUAAGCUGUCACAGCCAGAACCCAAUCCUAACCUGGAGGCCAAUAAAGCCCCUGCUCCUGAUCCUGUUGCAUGUUUGCCUUUGGCGCCCUCUGCAGUAGACAAAUCUCCUGAAGAACGGGUUGUGGUUGAGCUGGAGUCUGUUACUACUAGUGUUGAUGAAGUAAUGAAUGAAGGAGGGCUACGGGGAGAAGAGGAGCAUGAUGGAGAGAUUGACCAGUCUCCAUGCAUUAUACUGGAGAAGUUCCUCACCUCUAGGCAGAGAGUGAGUGCUGACAAAGAGCUGUCCCCAAUGACUGCAAGUGACAAUCCAAGACAAGGAUUGGAUAGCAUUGUCGAGGUUGAAGUACAAGUCCAUGGGAGCCAGGAGAUCAAGGUGGAAGAGAGUAUGACGGAUCCAAUGCUGUUUGUACCUACCUGUCAAAAAAGAAAGAGCACAAGUGUCCAGCAACAACACCAACAUGAUAUAAGGAGUGUUCUGGUGAAAGAGGAGAGAAGCCUAAUGCUGAGUGAGGCUCAUGCCUCACAGGGCAGCAGUCGCAUCAGAUGGAAUGUGGAGCCAGUGAAUAAUGAAAACACUGCCACUCCAUUAAUGCAGAGUGAGGAGACAAGUGAGUGUUGCAUCACACCAGAGUUCAACACCAACCAGUGUAUCUUCUACCCAGUGAAGGAGGAAGAGAGGGAGGUUCUACUGGAAGCCACUGAGACCAGCAGAGGUAGUUUAACCCCAGAGCUAUCCAGUGCUAACCAACAGACUGAGCCUCAAAGUGCAGAUAGUUCUUUAUAUGAAGGGAGCCAUUCCUCACAGGACCAGGACAUAAGAGGUUUCUCCAGUGACUUUGCUGAUGGACAAGUUGAUGCAGAUGCUGAGUGGCCUAAUCCACCAGACCUCCGGGACUUUCUCCUGCAAAGUUCUGAUGAAGAGGAAAUGGGUGCUUUUGAACCGUCUGACCCUCAGCUUGACUCAGAAGGCGUAGUAUUGGCUUAUUUCUACAAGAACAAGAUCAACGAUGCACGGCAGCCAGCUCAAGCAUUCGAAAAUGUUUUAAUUUCAACAAGCCAGCUCCAAGACCCAAGAGAUCAAAACAGGACCAGGCAGCCAAUUGAUUACUUCUCCACUUAUUUUGGUUGGGAUACCUGGGUGGACAUUGCCAACUGCACAAAUAAACUGUCAAGAAAGCCAAACUCCAUCUCAGCAAGAGAGGUUGCACAAUUUGUUGGGAUCCAUAUUGCAAUGGGAACUUUAAAGUAUCCCAGUCCAAGACUCUACUGGGAGGACUUGACUAAAGUACCCUUAAUUGCUGAUGCCAUGCCACUUUCACGUUUCCUCGAGCUGUCUUAUAUGUUGAAACUAGCUUCUCCAAAAGAAGAUCCAGUCGACAGUCAAUGUGUAGUUUCUCAGCAUGCUGACAGGCAAAGACAAUGUGACAAGCCAAAUGAUUUGAACUACUCCAAAGCACAGACUGAUCCCCUGUGGAAGGUUCAGCCCAUUCUGUGUCGUUUCAAUGCAGGGUGCCAGGCACUGAUAAGAGAAGGUGACUAUGCAGUGGAUCAGUAUCUACUUCCCUUGACUGGAAAGCUGCACAGUAACAAAUUUUCUCUCCACUGCACUACAUUACUUGGAUUUGGUGGUUUACUCUUACAUGUGGAUCUUAAACUGAAUCUCUCGGAUAAAGAAGAUGCUGUCGAAAAAAUGGCCCCAAAAGGUAGCAUGUUGUAUCUUUGCAAACAGGAACUCUCCACUCCUGCAAUGCUAGAACGUCUGCUUGUUGCUGGGGUUCAUGGUGCAGGCAGGGUGGGGGGAGCACAAGGACAGAUCGGGGACGAGUUUGUAAGCUCAGAUGGGAAGCUGAUGUUGCGCAGAUCACACUGUGGCUUCAUACUUUCUACUGCGGGGAACGGUCAGAGGAACAUGACUUCUCUCAUUGACAACUUUGAGAAGGCCCAGAUGUUGGCUCGAUUCAACAGAGAGUUGCGAAAUCUGUACCCAAUUCCACUCACUGCAUCUGCCCCAACCUGCUGGCCUCAAGCAGUGCUGUGGUAUAUAACAGAUCUAGCUCUGGUUAACUCCUGGCUCCAGUACCGACAGGAUCAUAGGUUAUCUUCUGCACCUUUGACUCUCAUGGCCUUCAGAUUAGAGGUGUCCAAGGCUUUGAUCCUCUCCAGCAGCUGUGAUACCCAGGACUCUGUUCCUCCUCAACCACCCACAGAGAAGUCCCAAACAACAAAUGAGACCCCCAAUCCCAGCCUGGUGGAAGAAAGUCCUCUGCCAGAUGCAGCCACACGGUAUGAUGGUUCAGGCCACUGGCCAGAGCAGCUUGGGGAGGGAGAGGGAGGCAGGUGUAGUUUUGGAGACUGUCAAAGAACAUCUCGAGUGCUAUGCCUUAAGUGCUGUGUCUUUCUUUGUAUUUCACGUAACCACAACUGUUUUUUGGAUUUCCAUAAUCAAGGGAGUAAUGGAAAAGAGUAGUUCCACCCGUUAUUUUUAACGCCAUACUUUUGGUCUAAGAUGUAAUGUUUUCUUUUUUGUUUUUAAAAAAAUAAAUUAUUUUUAACUUAUUCCUAAUGAUUUCACAGGCAAUGUCAGUAUUUCAAAGGAUUAUUGUGCUGAAUUAAAAAUGAAUUAUUUGUGAUGUGGCUUAAUAUGUCAUCAACAAGUGUUAAAAUGUAUUUGCCUUCAGAAGGAAAUGUAAAAAGGAUCUUACCAAGUUUUUUUUGUUUUUGUUUUUUACGAUUCUUUUUAACCUGAUUCAAUUCACGUUCCAUGAGGGCUCAUUUUCGGCUCUACGAAGAAAAAGCAUUAAAAGGUUGCGUUAACUAA